UUAUCAACACGCACCAAAAACGUCACAGGUGUACCAAGAUUUUUGAUAAUGUUGAACAAUUGAACUACUUAAACAAAAGGCAGGACAAUGACUGAAGAUCAAGAUGUUAAAGAUUCUCAGUCCGAUUCAGGCAGUAAAACUUUUGUUAGCAAAAACAAGGACAAAAAAGCCAAACCCCAUCGGCCACUGACAAAAAUAAUACUUCGCCGUUUACCACCUACGAUGACCGAGGAAGCAUUUUUAGAACAAGUAUCGCCGAUACCAGAACAUGAUCACUUUUAUUUUGCAAAACCUGACCCGUCUCUUGGAAAUAAUGUGUAUUCAAGAGCCUACAUAAAUUUCGUCAACAUUGAUGAUAUUUAUCUAUUCAGGGAUAAAUUUGACGGUUAUGUAUUUCUAGAUGAGAGAGGUGUUGAAUAUGUGGGAAUUGUUGAAUAUGCACCCUUUCAAAGAAUACCUAAGAAAAAGAAAAAAAAAGACCCUAAAUGUGGUACAAUAGAAAGUGAUCCAAUUUAUCAGGAAUUUUUAGAGAAUCUAGAUAAAGAUCAAGAAACCGAGAACCAGCCAAAACUUGAGUACUCGUAUCCUGUAAAUGAUAACACUGAUAAAAAAGUGCAGUCAACACCUCUACUUGAAUAUCUUGCUGCUCGGAAGCUAGACAAAAGAGGGAGAGAUGAACGUCGGAGAAGGGAAAACGACAAAAGGAAAAUGAGAAUUGAAAGGAAAACUAAAGAUCUUCCCAUUAAGGAAGAAGAUGGCACAGAAAAUGAUGUUAAGAAAAUUAAGUCCAGAGAAGGAGACAAUGAUUUAAGAGAUGAUGAGACCAAAGUAAAUGAUAAAGAUGGGACUGUUUUUGAAUCUAAGUCAUAUAAAGAUCAAAGGAAAAUUGGUAUUAGCCUUAUAGAGAAAAAGAAAAAAGUAGAUGGAGAGAAGAAAGACAGUCUGAUUAAAGAAGAUGAUCAGUUAGAAGAAGCUGAUAAAUUACUUAAAAAAGAUAGACGUGAUAAAUUUAAAGAAUCUCCAAGAGAACAGAAAAGUAAAAAGUACAGUGACACUAGGAAAGAAAGGUUGAAACAAGCCGAACAAGGCAAGUCAGACAAGCAAUCUGUAAUUAGUAAAAUUAUGUCUGCCGAAGGUAAAUCGAAAUCGUUAAACCAUGACGAUAUUAAACCUUUUACUCAAUUACCUCAAGUGAAGACUGAAGAUUUGACCAAAUUGAUAGAAGAUAUGGAUCGUAAAGUUAAAAUGGAUGAAGAUGCCAAAAUCAAGGAUUCAUUUCAAAAUAAAUUUAAAUCAAAUGCUAAGCAUGAUUCAAUCGAGUUCACGAAAAUGAGAAGAAAUAGUAUGGACUCUGGUGAUAUAACGUUUAAAGAAGAAACAACAUUGAAAAGGCAGAAAUCCUUAGAUGACAGGAGUAAAUCUAGUGACAGAGAAGGCUCCGAAGAGAAAGAUAAGAAUGAGAGCUCAGAACGCCGUUCAGAAAGAAGAAUAAGAAAUAAGGAUCGUCCAAGCCUCGUUAUUUAUCAACCAGGUAUGGGUAAAUUUAGCAAGCAACGUCUGGCAAAGGAGAAGGACACGCAACCGCCCAUUGGAAAAUCUGUAAACGACAGCGAAAAGAAAGAUACUUGAGAUAACUAUCAUGACUCCCAGUAUUCGGACAACAAUCAACGGAAUUACCCUAAAGCUGGCAUUAAACGUCCUUGCAGACAGUAGAAGGGGGACACGUGAACGUGCCAACUGAGGGAACGUGUGUUUACUCAAACCUGUCGUUUUAAUUAUUUACGCGCAAAAUAAUUGCCUCCCAAGGUUUUUUUAUUCUUUUUAAAAAUCAGUGUAAAAGCAUUCAAUGUUCUAUAGUUUUAGCUUGUGACCAUUAAGUUCUGUUUUUGUUUUUAAUUUCAAUUAAAUAUAAUUCGUUUUAAACGGG